AUGAGCAAUCAUUUCCCCUUUGGCCCGGACGAUCAGGAUUGGGACAGCCUUUCUUCACGCCGUGAAAGUACGGUCUCAACGUCCACCGUGUCGUCGUCUUCAACCAGUCUUCUCUUCCCGACCCCCGCCACCUCCCCCGGGGUCAGCUCGCGGAAGCAUUCAUGGCAGCUUUACGAUGAUGUGGUACGACUUCAGCUCAAUCCGUCCAUAACCAUCUCCUUUGUCAAGAACGGUCAACAAUUCAAACUUCGAUACACCUAUAUUGAUGUCUGCAAGGACACGACGGGGGCGUUGAAAUGCCUUGAGCUUGGGGGAGGUCUCGGUCAGCAAGCACCCUUUGUCCACGCCUUCCACAACACAAAACUACCCGUCCCACACAUUGAACAUCCCAAGGAUGACGAGCGCUUUCCUCUUCGCAUCUCUUUUCUUGACCAACAGACUGUACAGGCCGCCCAUGUGGUCUUUAUGACACAGUUGUCGUACAAAUUCGAGAAUUGGCAAGAACUCCUUCUCAAUGCCAAAUUGAUAUUCCUAGGAGGCAUGGCUGAGGCCAAGUCCAAAGGUCGCGGAGAGGAAUGCAUCAGCCAGAACCUUCGCAUCUUACGCGGGCAUAACGGCAAGCGAGUCAUGCUCUUCUUUGCCAACUCGCAACGGGGUCCGCUGAAGAGAUAUAUUUCUUUACCUCUCAACUGCGUGGAAAAUGUUAAACCGGCGAAGAAAGCUGGUCGACCCGUUUUGAUCGAGUUGAAUCCCAAUUUCGAUCUUUUGUCGCAAAUGCGAAAUCUACAGAUCACAUUCCUGAACCAUGAAGGUCAGUGCCCCCCACCCUCGACCUAA